AAAUAUCGUCAUCAUACAAUAAUAAAAGAACAUAUAAAAUAUAUCUAGGGGAAAAGGUGAAUGCAUAAUAAUGAAAAUCAAAAUAAACAACGACAACAAUUUACAUAAACAAAUGUGAAUUAUAAACCAGUGAGCUGAAUUACAUUACAAUCAAUUAAAGAAAAACUUAAUAAAAUUAAAAAAAUAAAUAAAAAUUGCAUGAAAUCAAAACUCAUCAAGACGCAGCGAAAGGGAAAGGAAAACAAAUAGCAACUCACACAAACAAAAACAAAAGGGAUUGCAAAUACCCACGUAAACACAAAAACCAACGCACUCAACCAACCAGUCACACACAGUCGAAUAUACUUAAACCGCAUAGAAAACUGAUUAAACAGGAUGGGUGUCAUAUGGUCCAGAUUUAGGAAAGAAAAAUCCACCCAAGAGGUGUUGGAAACCUUACAAGAAAAAAUCGACACACUGGAGACUUUCACCGUCAACACCCAGGAACAAAAGAAACGCAUUGUUGGCAAUUUCCUGGCCGUCUCCAUUGGUGUUUAUGUGCUAGCCUUUGUAGUCUGUUAUUUCGUCUAUUUUCCACCCACCUGGAAGGAGAGAUUAAUCUAUGUCAUACCUCUGCUGCUAUUUCCCUUCAUUAUUAUUAUGCUGCGUUACUUAUUCACAUGGUAUUUCCAACGUAAAUUAAAUAAAAACUCGAAAAAACUAAAAGAACUAAGAACUGAAAAGAAGAAAAUCUUAGAACAAGUAAUGGACAAAGAAACUUAUAAAGUGGCGGUGAAUCUCUUGGCACGUUUUGCGGAUAAACCCAGUAAAUCUUCAUUUGCUUUAAGCUCUUCAACCACACCCAGUAAAUAUAAUCAAUCUUCACUUAAUCGUUCUUUGCCUGCGGGUAAUUUGAGUCAAAGAUCCAACCAAUUGGCUUUAACAAAAACGCCAUCGCCCCAAACACCCAACACCUCUUAUAUGGGCUCAACUACUGCACGUUUAACACCACAAGUGGGCACUUCAUCGCCCAACACAGCUUUAAUGCCGCACAGUGUCAUUAAUCAGCAAUUAAGGCGUCGUACACCUUUUCCCAUUGUCAAUCAACAGGACAAGGGAGUAUUUGAUCGUAUUGUUGAUGUACUCAUUGGUGAUGGGCCACAAGAUCGUUUUGCCAUGAUUUGCAAAGAAUGCUAUUCGCACAAUGGCAUGGCUUUAAAGGAAGAUUUUGAAUACACCACAUUUAGAUGUGCAUUUUGCAAUGCUUUGAAUCCAGCACGAAAAUCCCGGCCAGUAGCACCACGUUUGUCAGUUAUGCCCGCCCCUGCAGCUGGUGUAGCUGGCAGUGAUACUUCCGAUUCAGAAGAUGAUAAAGAUGAUUCGGAUGAUGAACCAGCAAUGAGUUUGAAUGGCAAUACAACACAAUUUUCAACACCGACCCACGUCAAAAAUCUUGCUGUAGAUAAUGAAAAUGCUACCGCAGUAGCAUCACCAUCAUCCACUUCAUCUGAUGCAGAUGAAGAAAAACCAGAAACUGAAACACAACCACAAAGUGGUGAACUGAAUGAAGAAAUGAAAAAAGCUUCAGAGUUAAAAGCUAAUUCAUCUCUUGAUGAAUUACUUAAACAACUAGAUAAGUCUGAUUCUGCCAUAGAGGAUACAACCAUGAGUCCAGAAUAAAAAAUAAAAAAAAUUAUCACAUGUAGGAGCGAAACUCGAAACUCAAUGCAUGCAAGCAACAACACAAUGAAUAUUCAUGAAGAUGUAAAAUGUUGAAUUUAAAAAAGUACUAUUUUCCUUUUUUCAUUAGUUUUGUUACUUAUUUUUAUACAAAUACUUUUUUUCUUUAUAAUUUUUCUUAAAACUUAUUUUUAAUUUUGUAAAAAAAAAUUAAGCAAUUUAUAUUAACACAUUUAAUUUAUUAACAUUUAGAUUGUUACGAAAUGCAACCCCAAACUAAUGCUUUUAAUUGAAUAGCAAUUAUUUUAGAUGAAAUAAAAACUAAAAACAGUUUAUCAAACUUGUAAUUGAAUUUAAAUAUAAAAUUUAAUAAAUAAAUAUGUAUUUUUAGAAAAAAGUUAAAGUUAAAA